AUGAGCUUCCAGUUUCUCGAGAUUAUCACAGAGCAGCUGCACGAGUACACUCUCUAUGAGGACGGCAACGUGCUUCGUGAACAUCCCUGCGUGGCUUCCACCACCACCCUCGCCUUCUCCUUCCCCAACGCCCGCCUCCUCUGCUUCCGCUUCGCGAGCACUGAGCUGCAACUCACCCUCACCGUCCCGCCCUCCCUCGAGACCCUAUCAGUCGUGGCCAAACGGCUCGUCCUCUCCUGCAAGAGCACCGCCCCUCUUGCUCUCCACCACCUCUCGCUGUACGGUUGGGAGCGCCUCGACAUCUCCUCCCUCCGCCUUGCAUCCACCAGGGUUGCCUACUUGGAUGGACCGGCCAAUGACCAAGAAAGUUUUUCCUGGACGGAAUUGCUUGACAUUAUAGCGCCAACAGUGGAGGUGCUUAUUGUGAGGCACGGGGUGCCUAUAAAGAAGGUGGAGGCGGAGUGGGGGAGGUUGCUGAGCCUUGGGAUUGUCGUGCCUCCGUGGGACAGGGAUGCUCGUGCAAACAGCUGGAGUACGGGAUACGGCAAAGAUGAUGAGGCCAUGUAUGCCAAGGUAAGGGAUCGGGAGCGGUUGCUGAAGGCCUUCUUCAAGCCACCGUCCAUCUGCGCUCCGAAUCUGCAGUUCCUCUUCUUCCCCAGCUGCAAGGCGUGUAAUGCGCCCGCACUGGCUGCACUGCGGCAGGACUACCCCACCCUGGCGCUCUACUGUGUGGUGGACUGCUCCUUUUACUGGGAGAGAAAAGGCAAGACGGUGAGCAAUGGGCCGCUGGAGCAUGUGAGGGGGGAGAAGAGUGGGGUGUGGGAUGAAGAAGUGUGGGAGAUGCGGCCCAAGAAAGGGAGGGAGAAGAUGCACAGUGUGAACAGGAAGCUGGUGGAGGGGUACAGUGCUGAGGAGGACCAGGUGCAUGUGCUGCAGUGUCAGUAG